CGGAUUGAUGUGCAUUUGAUUCUGCAUAAAAAAACGGUUACGGUUACGGUUACGGCUCUAACUUGUGUGUUACGAUCAUAAAACCGCCUGUGUCAACUCGUGCCUGAGUUAAAACUUUUUGUUGUUAGACUGUGAACCUAUUUUCCUUCAUAUGUAUCACAACAAUCUACUUCUACUCUCGAACUGUAGAAUAGUCAUCAAAAGAAGAAUGGACGAAUUCUUGCAAUUGUUUAUUGAAGAACCCGAUGCAAACAUCUGGUCCAGCCACUGUAUAAUGUCAUCAGCCAUAUGCCAGAAUUUCGUGCAGAACGCUUGGAAGAAAGAGUUAUGUUCUAAUUGCUUCAAGUCGAAGGACGAGCACCAAGAAAAACCGAAGCCUAAACCUAUCCAGCUGAUAUCUAGCGACCAAGUCGAAGGAAUCAUCAAAAAUGGUAAAAGAUCCAAGCCCAAACAUAGUGUGUGCUUCGAUAAGAUUUUAGCCGAGGUGAUCGGGUAUGGUGGUGAGGAUUGGUGUUCUGAUCCGGAGGAUGACGUUGAUAACGAGGAAAGUAGCGAAGAGGAAAUCUUGCUAGAUUCAGACGACGAAGAAUCUUACAAAGAAUUGCAGAGAAUUACUAAAGAAAAUACAGAUUUCAAUACAGUAUCUUUGAAAGAUACCGAGGUAAAGAAAUCUUAUACCCAACUACGUCUUGGCAAGCCUGUUGUUGACGCUGCAGGCAAAAAACAAACUUUAUUAGUGUCCGUUACUCCAUUCGGCGAAGACACUUCCCCUGCGGUGAAAAAACUUAAUACCAAGAACCUAUCUCACAUACCUAUUGCGAAAAAUAAUAAAGAGGUAAUAGCUGAGACCAAAUCCAACGUUGUACUUACUUCUUACACGAAAAACGAAGAAGAAAAAAUAGAAAAACAAGAAAAGUCUUUGUUGGACGAAAUUUCGGAAACCUUGGAAAACAGUAAGAACCCUAUACAGAUCAUGGUGAAGAAGAAGGCUCAAAAAGAAAUACACCUCACUGUCACUGAAUCAGAUAAAGAAAAUAUAGAAACAGUCAAUACAGAAGUUACCAAAGUUGAAACUAUACAAGAAGAAAAAGUUAGUAAGUCUCUGGUUUCCGAGAAAAAAAUAAAUCUAUCGAGAACUCCAGCUUUAAAAAGAGACAUAGAAAAGCCCGUGAUCUACCAGACAUCCACAGCAAAAAUAGAACUCAUGAACACGAAGAACAAUAAAAAUAACAAAGAAAUGUUCAAUAACGCGAAAGUUAAAAUUGAUAAUAAGAACGAAAAACCAGCGACAGAUCCUAAAAAAGAUAUUCUCACUACUACAAACUUUAUAAAAGCCGAAAUACUGCAUUCUAAGGUCAACAGUUGUGAACCGAAAGAAAUUAAGGAUGAAAUAAACUCAAAUGUUGCCAAUUCUACAGAAAAGGCUUCAGAAGAUAGAUUAACAACGUUGCCACCUCCACUUCCCGCCAAGUAUAUACCUUUCUCACAAAGUCGGGAACAAGCAGGCAAGCCCGAUGGUAGAGAAGAUCCAAUAGCUGGUGAGCUACCACCUUUGCCCAGAACGCCUCCACCGCCCAUCUUGGAAUCCCAAAGUUCUUUCCUCCAUGGGGUACCUCCGAUCUACGAAAAACCUAAAAUUCCAUCUAAACCAGUCGGUGUAUUGCUAAGAAAAUUGCCGAAUGCUCAAACUGUGAACGUAUUUACCAAACCUAACGAAAAAGUUCCUCUCGUUCGACAGGAUUCGAAUGAUGCUGAAUUAAAGGCUGGCAAAAGGAAAGCGCCACAACCUCCUGAAGAAACAUAUUCCAGAAAUUCUAGCGGAGAUUCGAUGAAAGAGAGCACAGACGAAGAUUCCAUUUACAUAUCAGCCGAUCCUUUACCUAGAAAAUCACUAUCUACAGAUUGUCUAGCGGUUGACGAGAAAAGAAAGGAAAAAAACAAGGCUAGAUUUUCAUUAAAAAAGUUCCUCAGAAUGGGAUCUAAUAAAGACAUCACAAAGUUGGCCCCAGAAAUAAUAGUUAAGCAAGAAGAGGACAACAAACUUCAUCCUAAACCUAGGUUGGUAAUAGUACAUCCCAGUGAGCUUAACGGAGAUAAAGUUGAAGUAGUUGCUAAGCCGGGACUGGAUCAAUGCGAUUACCAAGCCAUUGGACACGAAUAUAGUACUCCAGCUGGCGACUACGAAACUUAUAAUCCACCGGCAAAAGCAGCGAAACCUCCGCCGCCACCUAGAAAUUUCAGCGAGAUCACUUCUACCAAACCUAAUCUACCUACACCACCUAAAUCUGUGGAGAUUUUGAACAAACAAAGACAGAUCAGCAGAAAUAACUCUAACAGUAAGAAAACAGAGACUGUCUAUGCUAAUAUAGGUGAAGUUAGGUCGUCUAUAGUGCCUAACAAACCUGUUAGAACCGCCAGUAUGCGAGAGAGGGAAGCGGCUUUGCAGCAGAAGCAAAUGAGAAAGUUGGCCCACAACUACGAACCGAUCAACAUUAGAAAAGAAAGUUCCGAAAACGUCUACGACUACAUCAACUCGACCAGGUCGAGUUCACCCGAUUCCGAUUCCAGUAGAGACAAGGGAAGUCCAAAAAGUAAGACUGUUAGGUUAGGAAAACGAUCUGAGAGCAGCAUCGAUGUUUCUGCGGAGUACUUUAAGUAUGGAAACAUACCGAGGAGUAUGUCUUUGACGUAUUGUGGCAGCGAAACCGAAUCAGAGAUAUACUCACCCUACAGCUUCUAUGGAAGUGAAUCUGAGGUAACAGAAGAUGAUCACGACUGGAUUCAAAACGGACGAACACAUAAAUUACGCUCAAGAAAAGGAAGAAGUAUUGUCCACAAGAACCUCGAAGACAACUACGGUGCUGUAGUAGUAGCUAACCAUGAAGCUUUGGCUCAAGUACUUGAAAAUAUCCAACAAAUCAAUCACAUCCAACCAGCCCUUAGAGGACUGAAAAAUCUUUCGAAUCUGCGAUGGACCGAUUUUUCCAUCAAAUCCACCACAUCGCCAAUCAUAGUGGGUUCCAGGAUAUUCCAUCAAGCGCUUUGGGGUACCCAGCACGUGACGUUGGCGUUGACAGCAGGUACUACUACGUCCAGCGCGAUGCCACUAGGGACUUUUAACUUAACCUCAAUAAGCGAAUUUAGCGACCUUAUACCCAGUAAUUAUUUGGUUAUGUCGGAUGAAAGCAAAGAAGACGACAAUAAACAAAUACAGGCAACCAUCCAGGUGUUACCGUACCUCCAAAUCAAUACUAUUCAUACCUACGGAGAAAUUUUAAAAGCCAAAUCGCAAGAAGACAGUUGGAAAGAUUCGAAUUUCGUUCUACUGCAGCUGGUAAAUGCCCUGAAGACGAUACAAGCACAAGGAAUCGAGGAACUGCCUCUGUCUUUAAACACGUUCGUACUUUGUAAGGAUAUGGAUAAGGAAAGCCAUCACAGACUGUGUGUUUUACAGGGAAUAUCCAUCGACAUAGCGACUAAAUCAAGCCAAGAAAAACACGGUACCCUCUGCAUGUGUGCACUAAAAGCCCUGAACUGCCUCCAACCCUCCACCAAAAUCACCCCUCUUCUCCAAUCGCUGCUGAGCCACGAACGAGCAGUUUCUCUAACGCAAGUCAAGAGCGUCCUGGAGUUCUCCUUGUGGGGUCCAUCGGACGUAUCUCUCGGCAGCACCAUCAAGGAACGGGAACUGGCUUUGCAAAGAUGGUUGGAUCUGCAACGAGCGACGGUUUUGCAUGGUUUGGUGUGCACCAGAGUGCAGUUAACUGUUUAUGAGGAAUGCCAUUUGUUGUUUUUGGUCAGAUCCAACGCGAGGAUGAUGUGUGAUGCUUCACUCUUGAUAGAAUCGAGUAAUUUGAAACAUAUCGUUGGAAUGAAUCAAAGUAGGAUUGAAAAAUGCGUCGGUGCUUAAAUAUUAUUCAUAUAGUUGACAAUAAUUCACAGUAACCAAAAGGUUUAUACUGCCUGAGCAGGUCCAAGAUACGAAUGAGAACUGGAUUUUUGGAAUGAUGAUAUAACCGAUCAAAUUAAGGACUAUCUGCAUCUCAUUUGAUCUUUUAGUCUUAAAGAUGCUACUUAAGUCAUCUACAAGUAAGAUUACAGGUUUUAUAGAGUGGAGUGCUGGCGUAGGGUCGAAAUUUUACUCAAAUUUGUCGUGAUGCAUUUUCCUUCAAUGACAACCAUUAUUUUUUAUACUAACCAAUUUUUCAGUCAGCUAACAUUAUUUUUAGUUCAAUCAGUCUUGCCUCUCUACUAUCGAUGAUGAUCUGUUGAUAAUUGUAUCUGUGGUUGGAAGAUAUCACUGCACACUAGCUUCUAUUGCUGUUAUUUAAUCAUUCAUUUGGAUUGUUUGACUUUUUUUUACUAUUGUACAUAAAAGUGUUGAUAAAUUGGCUUUGGACAAUUUUUGUUGGUCUGCUGGAGGAUUUUUUCUUUUUUAACAGACAGUUUUUGCUGUAUGUGUAACUCUGUAUUCCUUAACUUUUCAUUAAGAUGGCUGUACAAUUUUUUACAAGUAUACUGGUAAUAGCCAUUUUCCUCCUAGUGUCUAAUGCUUCUCUUUAUUCAUGAUGUAGGAUUGAACGCUAUUUUUUAGACCUGUUAGCCAAUUUUUGUAGGCCUGCUGGUCAUUGCCUAGUGGUUCUAGUGGAGUUAACUUAUUAGCCGAUUUUUACCAUUAUUUUAAAUCUGUAAAGUAAAUUAUCUGUUCAACAAUUUCCAUUUAUGUCGGUGGUACUGAGUGACGUACAGUUCCUGAAGCUGUACUUUAAUUGUCAAUUCUGCUAUACAAUUUUCGUUUAUUUUUGUAGUAAUAAAUGAUUUUAAUAUUAAUUAUAUUGUCUGAAAGGUAAAUAAUUUCUAAAGGUAUACUUUUAGAGGUAAUGGAUUUUGAUAAAAGCUAUGAGUCAUGCCGAUGCAGUACACAAGUUUAACUGUUAUUUACAAGGUCAUACCUCUUGUCAAAAUUCAUUACCUAUACCACUGUUUAGGGUUACAUCCAAUUUUUGUACGUCUGUUAUAUUUUUUUUAUUCUCAGUCUGUGUACGACUGUAGUUGUGAUUAGAAUAGUUCAGGACACACUAGGGAAAUGUUUGAGGACUUCUAGCCAAUUUUUGUACGUCUGCUGGACAAUUUCUUUUUAUUCUCGGUCUGUAUAUGACUAUAGUUGUGGUUACAAUACUUCAGUAUACAUCAGCUCUAAGUAGUAACGUUCAGUCAUUAUUCAAGUCAAUGUUUUAGGUCUUCUAGCCAAUUUUUGAAGGUAUGCUAAACUAUUUCUUUUUAUUCUCAGUCUGCGUAUGACAGUAGUUCUGGUUACAAUAAAU